CCGGAGCACUUCUUCUGCGCACAAUGCGGAGCGUUCUUUGGCCCUGAAGGUUUCCAUGAGAAGGACGGCAAAGCCUAUUGUCGCAAAGAUUACUUCGAUAUGUUCGCCCCCAAAUGUGGUGGCUGCGCCCGGGCCAUUUUGGAGAACUAUAUCACGGCCUUGAACACCCUCUGGCACCCUGAGUGCUUCGUUUGCCGGGAAUGCUUCACCCCAUUCAUCAACGGCAGCUUCUUCGAACACGACGGGCAGCCCUACUGCGAAGUGCAUUACCACGAGCGCCGUGGCUCGCUCUGCUCCGGCUGCCAGAAGCCCAUCACGGGCCGCUGCAUCACCGCCAUGGCGAAGAAAUUCCACCCGGAACAUUUCGUCUGUGCCUUCUGUCUCAAGCAACUCAACAAGACGUUCAAAGAGCAGAAUGACACCUAUUGUCAGAACUGCUUCCUGAAACUCUUCUGUUGAGGUUCACCUCGCCACCAUCCAUGGUGUCUUCUUCUCCUGCCAGGAAACCCUCGCCUUGUUUUUUUGUUUUUUGCUGCCGGGUCGUCCCCCGUCCAGCAACUUCAGCGGGUUGAUGUAGGAGAGGAGGAGGAAGAGGAAGUGUGUGUGUGUGUGUGUGUGAAUGAGAUGCUCGCAGAUGCUCUAGGAAGGUGGAGGAUCAUCCAGAGAAAAGAGGCAACAGGGGACUAUGGAGGUUGGAUCUUCUCCAACGUCUCCUCCGUUGGAGAACAUGGGGACCACACCUCCCGGAAUUCUGAGCCAGCUUCGCUUUUUUGGGGAGCUGUUGGGAUGCUAAGAUGCCAAGGUUUGGAAGAUGUCCAAGAAGUCCGAAGAGAUAUUUGAGUAGGAAGAUGGGACGUUAUGACGUCUGAGAGACACAAAGGACGUUGGGGUGGCUAUGGUGGACAUGGGGUUAAGGAGACAAACGGGGAAUAAGAGUUGCCUCCAAGGAAGGUAGAGAGCUGGACUCUCCAAUUUUGGCAAUGUUUAAGACUUCUGGACUUUCACUUUCCCCAGAAUUCUCCAGCCAGCCACAGGGAAUUCUGGGAGCUGAAGC